AUGGCUGGCCUUUGUGAUAUAGAAGGGAAAACGAUUUUGAUAACUGGGGGAGCUUCGGGCCUAGGCGCCGCGUAUGCUGAAGUUUUCCUGGAGUCAGGAGCACUUAAACUGGCCAUAUUGGACAUCGAUGAAUCCACAGGAAAAGCAACUGCGGAACGGCUGAACCGCACUUAUUUGGACAAAGUUUUGUUUGUAAAAUGUGACGUCAGCAAGGAAGAAGACAUAGAAGCCGCUUUCAAGGAGGUCGUGGAGAAGUUUGGAAACGUAGAUGUCGUGGUCAAUAAUGCAGGCGUUAUGAGCGACGCGCCUCACAUGUGGAGGAAAUCUUGUGAUAUCAACUGGCAAGGCACGGUCUCCUUCACCCUCAAAGCGCUGGCCCACAUGAGGAAGGACGAGGGAGGCAAAGGAGGAACCAUUAUUAACAUUGCGUCCGCAGCUUCUUUCGAGAAGGUCCACAUAAUUCCAAUCUACUGUGGCUCUAAGGCUGCUGUACUCCACUUUACUCGUACUAUUGCUUAUGAAGGAGGUGUGCUCGAAAUGUUUCUGACGGAAAGUCAAAAGCAUUACUAUACAGCAAUGAAGAAACUUGGCAGAAAAAAGCCCCAAAAAGUAAUUAAAAGGCCGAGAAACCAAUUCCUUGCGAUGUUCUACGAUUUGUCGAACUCGCGGCGCUUUGAGAUAGCAAUAUUCGUGCUGAUAUUCUUGAACAUGCUCACAAUGGGAAUAGAGCAUUACGAUCAGCCUCAUUCUGUUUUCUUCAUUCUUGAAGUAAGCAACGCGUUUUUUACAACGGUAUUUGGUUUAGAGGCCAUAGUAAAAAUUAUAGGUUUACGGUAUCACUACUUCACGGUGCCAUGGAACGUAUUCGACUUCUUGUUGGUGCUAGCCUCGAUCCUGGGCAUCCUCAUGGAAGACAUCAUGAUAGACUUGCCCAUAUCCCCAACGCUGCUACGGGUGGUCCGAGUAUUUCGAAUAGGGAGAAUUUUAAGACUGAUUAAAGCCGCAAAAGGCAUUAGGAAGCUCCUAUUCGCGCUGGUGGUCUCCCUGCCAGCGCUGUUCAACAUCGGCGCGCUGUUGGCGCUCAUCACCUUCAUCUACGCCAUCAUCGGCAUGUCCAUCUUCGGCCACGUGAAGGAACAGGGCGCUCUAGAUGAUCUGGUCAACUUCCAAACGUUUGGGAGGAGUAUGCAGCUGCUUUUUCGUCUCAUGACGUCAGCUGGCUGGAACGACGUGCUGGAGUCCCUUAUGAUCCAGCCCCCAGAGUGCGAGCUCGGCGACCACGGCCAUACUAACGGCAACUGCGGGAGCCCACUGCUCGCCAUCACCUACUUCACCUCCUUCAUCAUCAUCAGCUACAUGAUCGUCAUCAAUAUGUACAUCGCCAUCAUCCUCGAGAACUUCAAUCAGGCGCACCAGGAAGAGGAGAUCGGUAUUGUGGAAGAUGACCUUGAGAUGUUCUAUAUCAGAUGGUCUAAGUACGAUCCACACGCAACUCAGUUUAUAAGUUUCUCGCAACUAUCAGAUUUCAUUGCCUCGCUGGAUCCGCCUUUGGGUAUAUCGAAGCCAAAUACCGUAGCAUUAGUCAGUUUUAAUCUCCCUAUAGCUAGAGGCAACAAGAUCCAUUGUCUGGACAUCCUACACGCUUUAGUAAAACAUGUGUUGGGACAUGUUGAGGAAACCGAUACGUUCAGACAACUGCAGGAGCAAAUGGAUAUAAAGUUUAAGAAACAGUUUCCAACUAGGAAAGAGUUAGAAAUAGUUUCCUCCACUCGAAUAUGGAAGAGAGAGGAUAAAGCAGCCCGGACUGUACAACGUGCCUGGAGGGAAUACGUAAAACGAAAAAAUCGUAGUCCUUCCAACGAAGAAGAAAGUACAAAAUGGUCUCCCGGGGGAGGUUGGGGCGGACGCCUUAGCGCUUUACUCCACGUUCGAAGAAGCUCCCACGCAUCAAGUCGAAAGUCCUCACGGGCUUCUGACGCGUCGGACCUAAGCGAACUGGGGGGAGCCUGGCUCAAUCUGCCCCUCCUACUGCUGCCAGGCGCAGCACCAGGAGAACAGGCGGCGUGCUCGGAGCAGGCGCCGCAGCGCCGGCGGUCGGCGUAUGGGCUGCCGCUCUUCCUCCGGCAUCAGGACGCAAUGGACGAAGACGGCCCGAAACGCGCAGGUUCCCUUCGUUUGAGCUCCCGAAGGAAUUCGGCGCGGCGGGCGACGACUCCGGCACGGGCCAAGACGCCUUCGCCCCACGCCAAUAACAGCGAGGUGAGCAUACUGGUCACCGAGGCGUCCCCGGACGCCGCGCCGCCCCCCUCCGCGCCCCCCACCGUGGUCAGGGUACUAGUGCACCGGGAGAGCGACGAGCAGCCCAGCUGAUCCACUGCCGAGCCCGAAGAGGCUCCGCCCCCCACUUAAACGAACGUUUAGUGUCAAAGUUUAGUAUUCGCGAGUUAAGUGAAUUCGGCGCGGGCGCGGCAAAGUUCGUUAUUUGAAUUUGAAAUAACGGUCAGCGAAUUCUAGUUUUUAUUAUGAAUCUUUUGUGUUUGCAAAUCCUGUAUUAGACUGAUCAGACUUUGUUCAGCAUAAUUAUAAUUUUGAGUAGGAACCUUACUCGUCAUAAUAAAUAGCAGUUAUUGAUAAAUACAGAACUUUGUCGCGUCUGUAGUUUUGUAUGGCAUCCGCUAGUUGGCGUUGUGAAUAGACUUUCACAAAUGGCGCUGCGUUAAGGAAAACUCGACUUUUGCGUGAUUAAAUCGUAUAGUGAACGAAUUAUUGUGUUCACAAAAGCACGUGAAGUGAUAUAACGGUUAGUCAAGUUCGAAUGUAAUUUUGUGAUUUUAAAAUUUAAAUUGUAGCUUACCACGUCUACGUAUAAACGGACAAAUGAAAGAUUUGUGUAGAGAUAAGUGGAUUUAAUUUAGUCUUUUAUAUUUUUAUUAUAAAGAAAAUGACGAGAGAGAGUUUAGGUCGUAUUAAUAAAGAUACUUUUUUGUUUCAAAGAAAAAGUACUUGAAAAUGUGCCGUUACAUAAUAAACAAAACGUAUCAAAACAUGAAAUAGUUAUACUCUUUUCCUAAACGAGAGCUAAAUAUAAUCUAAUUAUCUCUACAUUUGUAGUAAAUAGAGUCAAUAGUAACAGGAACUUCCAGAGCUGUCGCAAUAACGUUUUAAAAUAUUUCAUCGAUUCCAAUAAGCUUUAUGAUGUAGACGAAGGAGUACAAGAAUUUAUUACACAAUGCGAUGAGUUGAUACUUGUCAGAAUAGACAAAUUGAUUAUUAUCUACAUUUUAAAAUGUUUUGGCAAAUACGAGUUUUAGUAAGCUAGAUAGACCUAUAGAUUGCCGACAAUUUUCAGUAAAAUCAAGUGCCCGAAAUAAUAGUAUUUUAAGAAAUACCUCGUAACAGCAAAUAAAAAACUUUUAGAUAUCUUUUUAACAUCAGGAGCCCAGAUUGUGGGUCCACCGAUAUCUAAGUAUUUUAAAUUCUUUGAAUUAAGGCUAUCUGGUUAGGUCAUGUUUGACCUGCUAAGAAAUAAAUUUUAUUUCAUUAAUAUUUGGCUGAAAUUAUAAUUUGUUUUGCUGUUAAAAGAGAUAAUUUCAAACAUGGUUGUAAAUUAAUUUGUUGUUGUAAAUAAUAAUGUAUUGAGAACGACUGAAUCACCAUCACACGUCGCAUCCCAUUGUAAGAAUAAGUGAAACGCAUGGAGUAAAAACCAAUAAAAUUAUAGCGAUGUAAAAUGGUGUUCUAUCUAAAAAUUAAAAAGUAACCUUUGAACACAUCAACAAAAACCUCAAUAACACAAAUGUAAUGUAUUAAUGAAUUUGCUAAAAAGAAGUAAAAAAAACAUUUGCAUGUCAGGUUGUUUUGUUUAAUGUAUUAUUAAGAAAAAAGAGAGACAACUUAGCGAUUCAAUUGUUUGUUAUACAAAUUUUAUUAUAAGGGGUUCGAGCCAAGAACACGCAUGUAGCAACAUUUAAAGAAUUUACUAAGACGUCAAUUUUCGCGGUAAUAGAUAGGCAAAUUGUUUUGUACAUUUAGCGUAGAGAGCAAAUAUUAGUGUAGCGAUCAUUUUUCAGAGUGCCUCUUUGCUCACGCACUUUUGGGUACCAACGCCUAUUUUGCGGUAUAGUCAUUUGACUAUACCGCAAAAAAAAAAAGAUCAAAAAGAUUGUUGUAAAUAUCACUGCUUGUUAUUUAACAAGCAGUGAUCUUUACAACAAUCUUUGGAAAUUGUAAUUAAGCAAUAACUAUUUAAAAGCCAUUCUUAAUUGCAGUUUCAGUAAUAGAAAAUAGUUUUCAAUAGUGUUGAAUAUCGCUAGUUAAUUUUUUCAUUUAAGGGUUUUGUGAUUUUAAAAUUUCUGUAAAAAAAAGCUUCGUAAGCAUUAAAAUUGAACGAAGUAUUCAAACGUUAAUUGACUCGCACAAACUUUUUAUUUAAUUAAAAUAGGAUCAUAGUGCAAUAUAAUAUUCUAAGAGACAAUAUUCAAUUUCAGGCUGUUAUAGUUACCAUCUCUAGUGUAAAGGCUUAUUGGCCCCAGGCUUUAGCAAUUCGUUGUACGUUUCAUUUGUCUACUUUAGUUAAACACGCUAAUUUAAAAUAAUUUUAGAAUAUAGCCCGUCCACAUUAUUUUGUUAUUUCAUAGUUUAACUUAGCUGCCAUGUAGUACAGUCUUGGACGAACAUACGGCUGAUUCGUCCCAGAGUACACAUUAUUUUAGAUGCACAAAGUGCUUUAAAUAACGUUAACAAUUUACUACAACUCAAAUAAGCAAGUUUCGUUAAAAAGUAAAUUUAAAAAUUAUUAAAAUCAUUCUUAAUAAACGAGACUCAACAUGUCUUUUAGAUUUAGCUUUUAUAAAAAAAGCAAAUAAAAUUGAAUUUUACCUUUUUCAUACAUCCCUUUAAUAUUGUGUAGAAAACUUCAACAGGUACUUAUCGUGUAUUCUUUCGAUUUAUUAAGGACCAAAAUGUCGUCGAUUAUUUUGUGAAUUUACUCUUGACCAAACCCUUUUUGUAUUUAUUUGUAUGUAGAAUUUUUCGAGGCCUGUUUCGAAUUACAUAUUCAAGAAUUUUAGAUGCUGACACCUUAACGUAUAAUAUAUGUACCACUUCGCUUUAUAUCAAAUUUUACACAUUUUGCUUUGAAUCCUUGUAAUAUUUCAAUAAACGACCCACAUUCACUAUUGAAAUUUAAAUUGUUAAAAAGGGCAUCAUAAUAAAAAUGUUCUAAUAGAAUAGAUUAAUUCUCAACUAUUGUUCGUUACUAUGUAAAUAGAUAAAAGAGGAUGCAAUAAUUUUUCAUAAUUUUAUCUAUAGUUAAUAAAUUAAAAAGGUUGUUAGAAAAUCUUUUAAACUCUAUAAUUUAAUUAUGUACGAUGUACAUGUAAAACUAAUGGUAGUUAGUGAAAUUGCAAUAUUUAAAGCAUGUGUUGAGCAUGGUUCAAAUAUAAUUUGUGUAAAAUAUGUUUAAAUUGUAUGAUAUGUAAAUAAAACUUUA